GGGAAGGGACCCGAAGGUGGGGUCAAGGGAGGCCCCAAAACAGUCUACACAGCAGGAGGCAUGGCCGGGGCUCUAGAGCUAUAAGUGGCAUCUCAGGGCCCUGACGGGCGUCUCGCCAUGCUGUUCCUGGGGCUGCUGCUGCUGCUGCCCCUGCUGGCUGGCGCCCGCCUGCUGUGGAACUGCUGGAAGCUCAGGAGCCUCCACCUCCCGCCUCUUGUCCCGGGCUUCCUGCACCUGCUGCAGCCCGACCUCCCCAUCUAUCUACUUGGCCUGACUCAGAAAUUCGGGCCCAUCUAUAGGCUCCACCUUGGGCUGCAAGACGUGGUGGUGCUGAACUCCAAGAGGACCAUUGAGGAAGCCAUGGUCAAAAAGUGGGCAGACUUUGCUGGCAGACCUGAGCCACUUACCUCCCCCAACUCCUCCUGCAGACAAGCUGGUGUCUAAGAACUACCCGGAUCUGUCCUUGGGAGACUACUCUCUGCUCUGGAAAGCCCACAAGAAGCUCACCCGCUCAGCCCUGCUGCUGGGCAUCCGUGACUCCAUGGAGCCCGUGGUGGAGCAGCUGACCCAGGAGUUCUGCGAGCGCAUGAGAGCCCAGGCCGGAACCCCUGUGGCCAUUGAGGAGGAAUUUUCUCUCCUCACCUGCAGCAUCAUCUGUCACCUCACCUUCGGAGACAAGAUCAAGGAGGACAACUUAGUGCCUGCCUAUUACAAAUGUAUCCAGGAGGUGUUAAAAACCUGGAGCCACUGGUCCAUCCAAAUUGUGGACGUGAUUCCCUUUCUCAGGUUCUUCCCCAAUCCAGGUCUCCGGAGACUGAAGCAGGCCAUAGAGAAGAGGGACCACAUCGUGGAGAAGCAGCUGAGGCAGCACAAGGAGAGCUUGGUGGCAGGACAGUGGAGGGACAUGAUGGACUACAUGCUCCAAGGGGUGGCGCAGCCAAGCAUGGAAGAGGGCUCUGGACAGCUCCUGGAAGGGCACGUGCACAUGGCUGCAGUGGACCUCCUCAUCGGUGGCACUGAGACCACUGCAAACACUCUCUCCUGGGCCGUGGUUUUUUUACUUCACCACCCUGAGAUUCAGCAGCGACUGCAGGAGGAGCUAGACCACGAACUGGGCCCCGGUGCCUCCAGCUCCCAGGUCCCCUACAAGGACCGCGCACGGCUGCCCUUGCUCAAUGCCACCAUCGCCGAGGUGCUGCGCCUGCGGCCCGUUGUGCCCCUGGCCCUGCCCCACCGCACCACACGGCCCAGCAGCAUCUGCGGCUAUGACAUCCCUGAGGGCACAGUCAUCAUCCCGAACCUCCAAGGCGCCCACCUGGAUGAGACGGUCUGGGAGAGGCCACAUGAGUUCUGGCCUGAUCGCUUCCUGGAGCCAGGCAAGAACUCCAGAGCGCUGGCCUUUGGCUGUGGGGCGCGUGUGUGCCUGGGAGAGCCCUUGGCGCGCCUGGAGCUCUUCGUGGUGCUGACCCGACUGCUGCAGACCUUCACGUUGCUGCCCCCUGGGGACGCCCUGCCCUCCCUGCAGCCCCUGCCCCACUGCAGUGUCAUCCUCAAGAUGCAGCCUUUCCAAGUGCGGCUGCAGCCCCGGGGCACGGGGGCCCACCACCCGAGCCAAAGCCAGUGAUGGGGCAGGAUCGAUGCCAGCCGGGU